ACCCUCUCUCCCCUCCAGCUUCCCACUCUUACCACUAUUCCAACUAUAUAUUCCCACUUAGUUCCCAUUUUAUUCCCACUAUUCCAACUCUAUUCCCAUCAUUCCUACUAGCUAGCUUAACAUGGCUGUCUCCGGGUUUGAGGGCUUUGAGAAGCGCCUGGAGCUCCACUUCUCCGGAUACGACCCCCUCGGCCUCCGCCGCCUAUCGAUCGACGAUCUCCAGCAGGUGCUCGAUGCCGUCCAGUGCAGCAUCGUCUCCGCCGCCGGUAAUCAUUCUUUCGACGCCUACGUGCUGUCUGAGUCCAGCCUCUUCCUCUAUCCCCACAAGAUCAUCCUCAAGACCUGCGGCACCACCCAGCUCCUCCGCUCCAUCCCAUCCCUCCUCCGCCACGCCGCCGACCUCGGCCUCCGCCUCCGCUCCUGCCGCUACUCCCGCGGCAGCUUCAUCUUCCCCGCCGCGCAGCCCUUCCCCCACUCCAGCUUCUCCGACGAAGUUCUCUUCCUCGACGCCCGCCUCCCCGCCACCCUUCGCUUCCGAAAAGCUUCAAUCAUGCCUUCCGACGUCAUUUCCUCGCAUUCCUGGCACGUCUACUCCGCCGCCGCCGACGUGUUCUCGGUGCUGCAGCCGAGCAGUUCCACGAUAGAAGUGUGCAUGACGGAAUUGGACUGCUCGCUGGCACGACAGUUUUAUCGGCGGAAGGGCGACCACCGCUCCGGCGACGAUGUGGGGGCGGAGAUGACCGAGUUGACGGGGAUCGGCGCCAUCAAUCCACGGGCGCUCGUCUGCGGCUUCGCCUUCCAGCCAUGUGGUUACUCCAUGAACGGCCUCGACCGCGACCGAUACUCGACGAUUCACGUCACGCCGGAGGACGGCCACAGCUACGCCAGCUUCGAAUGCAUCGGCGGCCGGGAGGUGAUGGAUUAUUUAAAGAAGGUGGUGCAUGUUUUCCGGCCUGGUGCGGUGUCGGUGUCGGUCUGCAUGGGCGGCACCGGCACCGGCACCGACGACGAUGAGGAGCGAGUGUGGUCGGCGGUGGUGCGUGCGUUGGAACCGCUGGGGCUGAGCUGCAGGAGCCGGGCAGCGGAGGAUUUUCCGGGGGCCGGGACCGUCACAUACCAGACGUUUACGGCUCACCGGAAGUGAUCGGGGUGGUGGCUCCGGCCAGCAGGAAGUGGUCCAUCAAAUGGAAGUGGUUGUUGAGAAAAUGUCGCUAUUUGCUAGGCUUAGAGGAAACAAAAGGGAGAGGGGAGUGUUUGCUCCGUAGGGAGUUGGAGGCUUUCUUUGAGGAUGAUGAUGGAAUGCAAUUAGGGAGAGUGCAGUUGACACUGAAAAGGGGGGUGGGGAAAAAAGGGGUUUUAAGGGAGAGGGGAGCACUAUAAUAUAACACUCCACUUUAGUGUGUCACGCCUGAAUGGAUUCUUAGGAUGUACAGUGCGCAGACGAAGGGAGUUGAGCUGAGGCCCAGUGUUUGGGGAGGGGAUUGCCCUCCACCUUUCUUAUCUCUUUUUGUUGUGUCUAAAAGAAGAAAGUACACC